AUGGUGAGUCGUGACUUCAACUUGCCCCGCCAUAACGAGUUUGUGCGGAAAUACAUUUGCGCUCGCGAAGUUUGUCAACGGGUGAAGCCUAGUCCUUCAUCCCGCGCACACUUACAGCCUCUUCCGAUUCCGGCAGAGUGGUGGCAGUCCGUAUCAAUGGACUUCAUCUUCAGGUUUCCCAAAAACGUUCACAAGAAUACUGGUAUUCUUGUGUUUGUUGAUCGGUUCAGCAAGAUGGUACAUCUUGUUGCUGUACCGGAGUCAAUCAAAGCCCGGGUCUGUGCGCGUGGCUUCAUCGAUACUAUCUUCCGACUUCACGGGCUACCCCGCAAACUCGUGUCCGAUAGGGACCCCCACUCCACAGCGGAGUUCUGGCAAUCCGUGUUCCGUUCACUUAAAACACGUUUGACGAUGUCAACUUGUGACCACACCGAAACGGAUGGUCAAACGGAACGCGUCAACCGCGUUCUCGAAGAGAUACUUCGAGGGUAUGUCCACUCGUUUACGAGCUGGAGUGAGUUCUCGCCGGUAGUGGAAUUCUCCAUCAACAACUCGGUGCACGCUUCGACAACGCAUACACCGUUCUUCGUGAAUGGCCUACGCCAUCCACGUGUACCCGCCUUCUUAGAGUGUGACUCUCGUUCAAGGGGGGAGGGGUGGAAUCGCUCGAGCAAAAACCGAUCUGGUUCUUGCUCAUCACCCGUCGACAAUGGUGUCGACGUGAUGGAUGCCGAUGUCGAUGGGAUCGAUGUCGAUGUAGAUGGGAUCGAUGUCGAUGGGAUCGAUGUCGAUGAUGAUGAUGACGACGAUGCUGGCAUAUUCAGCAUCGCCAAUGACUGCCACGGUGAAGACGAUGAAGCCCUCACUGGUGAGGACAACGUUCUUUUAGCAUUGCACACGAAGCGCACAAGGAUGAAUCAGCAGAAGAAUUUCUGCUGA